UUGCUAACGCGCUCUAUGUUCCCAUCACUGCCAAGCAAGCGAAUUUUGGCGCGUACGAACUAUCACGGCGUAAGGUACGUGCGUCAGUUUGAAGAAUGUCAAUUUGUUGACUGAAAAGUUGGUCGUGCUUUUAACACAACUGCAUAAUAUCGACAACAAUUUUAUAUGGAUGCAAUUUGCGGUAACGAUUAUGGCGUCAAUGUUGCUCGUCAAACGUCGCUUAGCCACCUUGAUAAAAAGAUUCAAGUUCGAGGAGCUGGAGAGCGCUGUGAUGCCCAUCUUUCCUGAAAUUUCCUGGACCCGUGUGAGAUCCAAAUUGGUUAAGAAUCACAAGAAUUUCACAGUGGUUAAUGCAUUGCGCGUUAUCGAGGAUGUUCUUGAGCAUGUAGAUUUGAGAGAAAAAGACCUGUGGGAUAGACUGGCAAUGCUAGAGGUGAUAGAUAUAAGCAGGCAUAACAAAAGAAAAAUAUGGUAUGGGUACGAAUUAACAGGUUCAAACGAAACAGCAAGACUUGAAAAACGAGAUGUACAGGAGAGCAUCAAAGAGGAAUUUUAUUCAAACGGCUUGAAUAUGGCUGUGAAAGCUACAAUGUACGACAAUAUCACGUUUAUAUAUGUCAAAGAGGAGAAGAAGAGAAGACAAUCCAGCGUUCCAACUUUUUUCGCCUUGUUCCUGGGACACAAAUAUUUUUUUUGCUCAAGAAAAAUUGUACCACUUGACUAUAUAAAGGUGAUAGCUAUCAGCCUAGGUUAUGAGAAUAGCAAAAGAAUCAAGCUAAUGGGCAAAGACCUCAAGUCUUUAAUAAAACUACUAUGGUUUAAGCAACAAGGAACUUUACAUGCCGAUUAUGUUAGUCAACCUCCAGUUUUUCAACCAUCUGACCCUGUCAUUAGUAAUAAUGGUGUAGAUUAUACGCAAAGCAAUCAACGGAAAAAAUACGCGGAACGAUGUUUCGGCAAAGAUCCUCCGACUCUAGAAGUACUUGUUAUAAAAGGGCCAAAGGAAUCAAUACAACAUGAUAGUGUAGCUUCAAAAUUACCUUCGGAAAAUAGUAUACUUAUGAACUGGGAAUUCCGUAGUCGUAACAUAGCUAGAUUCUUGACUGCCUUAAUUGAAAAAGGUGCAUUUAAGCCACAAUUACCUGAUUAUAUAUCUGAUCUUAUGAUAUUAGGAAAAAACGAAUUAAGACUUCAAACUGACUGACAGACACAGUAAAUAUGAACUUGUGUCAACAAAAUUAAAUAUUUUACGUAUGCGGUGCCUGCAUAUUGUUUAUCUGAUAAGUUGUAAAAAACCAUGUUUUUUCUUAACUAGUAUUCAAGUCCAGUAUUCAACAAAAUUUUUAAUUGAUGUAUCUUUGCUUGAAGUUAAUGUAAUUCAAAGAUUUUUUAUUUUAAAAAUCCAAAUCUGAGGGAUAAGAUUUAUUUAACUUAAAAUUAUAUAAGAUUAUAGAAAAUAUUUCUUACAACGCUUCUCGAAGAUUUGGCAUUGAAAAAAAUCGAUAUCUACUGGUGAAUACUUAUUAUGAUUUAUUUGAUAAAUAACGAUAUGCAAAUUGCAAUUAAAUUAUAAUCAAUAACUGUGUACAGAGAAGAUUUGAUUAGAAUUGUAUAUACAUAAAUUAUAUUGUGAUAAAACAGAAGGGUAAAACACAAAAUGCAUAAUAUAGUAUAAGCAUAGUAUAAAACCGCUGAGACUAAUGAAAAUUAUAUAGUAAUUUUAUGCUGAAUGUUAAUUAAUCUACAAUUCUAAAUUAUGCUAAUGCUAAACUACGCAUUUUGUGUUCGUACCCUAACUAUUUAAAUUCGUGUAAAGUAUUGUUGUAAUAAGCAGUAAGAAAAGCUAAUGAUUAAAAUAGGCCCUUCGAGUUUAAACUAACAAAAAUAAAAGUACAGACCGCUAUAUUAAAUUUAUUAUAUAAUUUUAUUAGUACAUGUAUAGAAAUGCCAUUAAAAGCCUCUGUUACAUUAAUAAAGUAUAUUUAUUAAAAGUU